CAACUUGGAGAAUGGAAAUUGCAAGGGCUUAGCCUUUUACUCAGUCAACAAUUGACCCUGCUGCUCCGCGCUUCUCACCAAACUUGACGCCCGCAAUAUUACCGUACCGUAAUGCUGUAAGCAAAUCGGAAGCCAUACCAUCCACCAGUGCAUAUCUGUCCAUCUGAGAUUGACAAGCAGAAUGCCCGCAACACCAUGAGCCAAACCCAGCCAAAUGAUCCCAAGUAUGUACACAUUUUCAUUGUGCUUUAAGCCAGCAUCUACCAGCAUCUUCGCAAACAUACCAAGCAUGCCACAAAUGCUCCUGGGUCUUGCUGCCUUGCUCAUGGCAAGCGCAGUACCCACCAACCUCGCCGAACAAGUACCUGCAUUCGAGGUCCCCAACUUCGACUACCAAACACUCUCCACCGGAAACACGCCCAACGACGUCCUCGACGCGCUCAAGAAGGACGGUAUCAUCAGCUUCACCAACGUGCCGUCGUACGCUCAGGUGCGCCGCUCUUACCUCGAUUCGGCCGCUGCCUGUGCCGUGUCUGCACAAGAGGUCAACGCCGAGUUCCUGCUGUUCAAGACGCUCACGGACGGAACGAACCGCUACACCAUCAGUACGCCGUCCGGACAAGAUGCCGACGCCACCGCCACCACUACAGAUGCUGCGUGUCCCGGAUACAAGACCAUCUACGACGAGUUCUCGUCGCUGCUGGAGCUGGUCGUGCUGAAUGUUGCCACGACACUCGAUGCUACCACCUUCACCACGACGGACGGCUACGGUAAGACUGUCUCGAGCCGUAAGCUAAUGACGGACGCCGUGCGUCUCGACCAUUUCCACGCCUACGAGACGCCGUCUCUGCACGAGCGUAGACUCAUGAGCGCGGACUCAGGUACCCAGGCCUCAACGUCUGACAAGGACGACUUGUCGCUCGAGUUGCACGAGGACGACGGCAUGUUCAUCGUGUUCGCCACGCCUGCUUUCUACAAGGUCAACAAUGACGGCGCCAACAGCACGUUCAAGUCUGUUCAAGCCGGUGGCGAGGACGACUCGGAAUCGGGUCUCAUCAUCCAGCGCCGCGACGGCCAACGCGUGCGUCCGAUUCUCAAACCCGACCAGGUGACGCUCAUGGUGGGCACGGGCUACAACCGCUGGGUGGGCACGUCGGAGCAGCUCCCGGCCGUGAUGCACGGCAUGCGUAUGCCCGAGGUGAAGAUGACGGAGACGCAGCGCCUGUUGCGCGCGUGGUUCGGCAAGAUGACGUUGCUGCCGUCGUACCAGCGCAUGCUGAAGCAGAUGGACUUCGGCGAGCACGCGAAUACGACGGCGCAGUACGUGCAGCAGGGGCAUCAGUCGGACCAUCAGUUACUGGGCUGCGCUCCAGGUCGUCAUCUGCUCGCAUCGGCAGACGCUGCGUGCAGCUACAAGGAGUGCACCGUGAAGGCUGGCGCAACGGCACCUUCGGAAGGCUGCUCGGUGGUGUGCAACCGCGGCCAUUCCACCGACCCUGCGGCCUGCUCAAAGAGCUGUUCAUGCACUGCCAGCUCUCAUAGCGCCACCUCGUGCUGGAUGCUGUGCGUGAAGGACCUGGACACAUGCGCCAGGUCCAAGCAGUCGUGCUCGGGUCAAACCAGAGUGUGCUCGUAG